AUGCAUCAAAGGGGUUUCAUUGUCAUAGUUUCACUCGGUUUAAUUAAUGAUAACGUUAUAGAUAGAUUAGACUAUGAACUAAUAUGGCAUAUGAAAGAAAGUGAAGAGCAAAAGAGCUCACUUGUUUCAACAGGCUCUUUAAAUGAUCCACGCUUUGAUGUCAAUGAACUAAUAUCACAUAUAAGAGCUGAAUCAAAGAGGCUAUUAGGUUCAAUAGCAGAUUGUUUUGUUAUAAGGCAUGUUGCUGGAGUAACAGACAAGUUUAUAAUACAAACCAAUUUUAAUUAUUUCAAACAAAUAUGGAUGUCGAUAACGAUGAUCACUCACUUUAAAGAACAUCCUCUCUACAUUCGAGUAUUACACAUUGCAGGUUCGAUUAAAUCUGCACAAAAGGCAUCACUACGACUAUUAAACGAAGAGUUGCGAGUGGCAAUUGAAAGAAAAGCAGAUGCAAGACAAAUCAAACAAAAGCAAGAACAAUAUAAACAACAAGACAAGGAUAAAAAACAACAACAAAAGAACAAUCAACAAAAUAGUGGAAUUCAAGUACUUGGAGCAAAGGAUAUUAUUAUAAAUCCAGAUGAUAAUAUUGUAACAAUUCAAGAGGAUUUUAGUGAUGACCAAGAUGAUGAUGAUGAUGAAGAAGAGGAAGAAGAAGAUGAUGACGAUGAAGAUAUCAUGAAUAUGGGAUAG